AUGUUAUACACACCAUACCUGGCAGUAGCGUUGUGUGUUGUUUUUGUAGGAGCGAAAGAUACGAAACCGAAGCAGAAGGAUAGGAGCCAAUUAAAAAAUUUAGUAACACUAGAUCUAAUCAACAACAUAAGGCACAUAUUCAGUUUAGUAAACAAAGAGGGAGCGGCUGAACUAUCGAAGGAAAUAAUAAGGGAGAAUCCGGGAAAGGGAGAACUUUUAGACUAUUCAUACAAGAAACUAAAGAGAUCUGCCUUCGUGGGAAUAGGAUCAAGGUGUAUUUGUAAAUAUCUUACCUGUAACAUACCAAUUUGUACAGCAGCUUGCCUAGAAAAACAAGAAAAGGGGAAAGAACCGUUCGAUUGCCUAGAGUGCUUCGGAGAGUGUUUACCAGUGUUAAUGAGGUGUUUGUCAGGACAUGAACACUAA